GGGGCGGGCAGGGGGCGGUUGGUGCCACGCAGGGUGGGGCAGGCCAGGUGAACAACAAUUGUGUGCUGGCCCCAGGAUACUAAUCAGAACUUCUGCCUGACUCUCAAGGCACAAGGCUCAGUACCUGCAGAAGCCUUUUACCCAUCUAAUCCAGGCGUGGGACAACAUGUCUGCACCUAGGAAGGCCACAGCAGAGUCUGAGAAUUUGGAAAGUACAAACAAGCACAGAAACACAAGGAAGGCUUUUGGAAAAGAUAUGGAGGGAGAGGACUCUAAUUUGAAAGACGUGAUUUCCUGGGAGAGUUUGCCUUCAUCAAGUCAGACACCUAGAUCAGUGACUCGUGAGGUUUUGGCAAAGGAAGAUAGCUCAGAGGAGGUAAAAUUCUCUCCUCAGAGUUCCCAAAAUGAUUAUGAGGAUAUUUUAAAAGAUGCUACAGAAAGUGACAGUGACCCAAGCAUAUGGGCCACCAGUGGCUUCCUAAGAGACAAGUGGAGCAGUGAGGAUGAAGAACUUGCAGGGCCAUCCCAGACUGUCCCUCCUCAGCUCCACGGUAUACAAAUUGUUUCUGAAAGGGAGCUAGCUCAGCUGGCUCAUGUUCGACCAUUAAUAUUCAGUUUUCAUGAGCAAUUAACCAUCAAGGAUUGUUUUAAUGUGCUUGAGAAAAAAGUAGCAGAAUUUGAAAUCCUCCAGGAAUUUAUGACUUUAGAUUUUCAGAACCUACCUGGUGAGUUCAACUCUGGGAAUGAUCUACGCAACAGAGACAAAAACAGAUAUCGAGAUGUUCUUCCAUAUGAUUCAACACGUGUUCCUCUUGGAGAAAACAAAGACUACAUCAAUGCUAGUUAUAUUAGAAUAAUGAAUUCUGGAGAAGAGUAUUUUUAUAUUGCUGCUCAAGGACCACUGCCAAGUACCACAGAUGACUUCUGGCAAAUGGUUUUAGAAAAUAACUCUAAUGUUAUUGUCAUGAUAACCAAAGAGAUAGAAGGUGGAGUUGUCAAAUGCCACCAUUACUGGCCCAUUUCUAUGAAGAAGCCUUUGGAAUUGAAAAACUGUCGUAUCUUCAUGGAGAACUACCAGAUACUUCAAUGUUUCAUCAUCCGAAUAUUUCAAGUUGUGAGGAAGUCUACAGGAACUAGUCACUUUAUAAAACACUUGCAGUUCACCAACUGGCCAGACCAUGGCACUCCUGCCCCAGUAGAUGGCUUCAUAAAGUAUGUACGUUAUGUGAGGAAGAGCCACCUUACAGGACCUGUCCUUGUUCACUGCAGUGCUGGCGUGGGCCGGACGGGGGUGUUCCUCUGUGUGGAUGUUGUGUUCUGUGCCAUCGAAAAGAACUUUCCAUUCAACAUCAAGAAUAUAGUGGCCCAAAUGAGAGAACAGCGUUAUGGCAUGAUUCAAACAAAGGAGCAGUAUUGCUUUUGUUAUAAAGUUGUGCUUGAAGUUCUUCAGAAGAUUCUGACUUUCGAUUAAGAAAGACUUCCGUUGCCUCACACUUGAAAUUACCAAUGGCUUGGAGUUUCCUCAUAAAGAACAUGUUCCAGCUGUCCUGAAGGGCUUUGCUUAGGCGUACAAUGUACUUUCUUGGUGUAUCAUUUGACUGUCUUUCUGACAACUCCCGGAAGGCAGCAUCAUUUGGUUUGCGGUGAACAGUGUUUACCCAUUAAUCUUACUUAGGUAAUAUAAAAAUAUCUUCCCACAUUUUCCAAUGAAACAAAAGUUGCAUAAAACAAUUGCAGCUUAAUUGGUUGAAGGGAUUACAGAGCCAAUAAAGGACUUAAACUAUAUUCAUUAAGAUUUUAUUUGGACAGGCAGCUAAAGGGAGCUGAGGAUUUCCAGGACCUUAUAAAGCCCCUAUUCUGGGAGAACAUAGGGCCAGUAAAGGCAAGAUCACAUCAUGACCUCUUGGAGGCAUUUUCAAGACAGAUACUUAACCCAUGUUUUUUAGCUAGAGCAUGUACUUUUAGCUGGUAUUUGAAUAACUCAGUUCACUAAUUAGGAUGGAUUAACUUUUUACACAAAUUGGAUUUCAUUUUCCUAUAGUUUCUAUAGGACCCCAGGGACCUCAGAGGACAAGCUGCUUUUCUAGAGCAGCUGCACAAGGACCUGUCGGUCUGGGAAGUAUUUCAUGGGUGGGCAGAGCUCCUCUGCUCCAUCACAUGAACACACUGGUGAACAGGCCAAAACUAAAAUAGAUGUUUAUAUAGAAAGUCCAAGAGGAAAUUUUUGCCCAGCUUGAGUUCUUUCCUAUCCCACCCUAACACUUAACAUAUUACUCAGUCUGCUUUGUCAAAAGCACGUAUUACAUUUUACUUGCCUCUUACUCUUUGCCCUUUAGCUAAUCAAUAAACUUUGAUAUAAGCAUUAUUACAUAAUUCUGUGUAUCUCUCUCUUACGCCAGAUAUAUUUCUUAAACUAAGAUCUAUGAUAGUUUUUUUUUUUUCAAGAGUUCCAUUAAAUCAUUUCUUUCCAUUACUGCCCCACCUCUGCUGUAACAUUUAAAAGUUGGCUUUGGGAGCCAGGUUUUGGAAAACCAAAUUCAUAGCUGUGAGAAUGAAAAUUUUCAUGUUCUCUUUUUGAAAAGAUGUGGCCAUUAUUACAUCCAUCUUAUUAUAGGACUUUGCCUCAUAUAAUUACAGUGAUAUUUUGGUCAAGGAAUUUUAGUGACCAUUUUUACCUGAUUAUAAGCUAUGAAGCAAAUGACACAUGUUUUUGUACAGUGUGAUUCAAUGGAGAUCAGAAUAUUUCAUGUAUUAUACUGAGAAAAUUUCUAAUAUUAAUCUGUAAAUCUUUAAUUUUUAAGAGGCUUACUUUGUUCCCUUGGCUGAAUGCAUAUUUGGAUUUGUUGAAUUAUCUUGAUAAUUUUCAUUUUAACAAUAAUUAUAUGCCAGAAAUAUAUUUUAUAUUAAAUCAAAUUGAUGAUUCUACCUAUUUACAUUGUUCAUAUAAAUAAUCUAUGCUAAACAUUAAUUUCAUUUUGAUGAUUGGCCUUUAAUAUUUGUAUCCCUCAUUUUAUUUUCUCUCUGUUCUUGUAAAAUAAUAGAUAUAAUGUACAGCAGUAUUCCUGAGAAGGAUUCUAUGCUGUUACUUAAAUGAAAAGACUUACUAUGAAUUGCCUGACGUAUUUUUAUUAUCUAGGCCUUGAAAUGUUCUUGUAAAAAAAAAUGCCACAAUUCUUGAUGGUAAGCAUAUUUCUUCUUUAAUGUGUGCCUCAUAUUUUUAUAGCUGGACUAAUUUUUAGUUUUUCAGGGAAAUUAAAUAAGUAAACAUGGAAAUACUGAUUGCAUUUGUUUUAUUUCAUUUUUGGAAAGUGAAUUCCAAAUAGAAAAUGUUUGACUAAUUGAAAUACUAAGUUUCAUACCAACAAUAAAUCAGUCUUUGCCUAGACUAUGAAUACGAAACUCCCACUGACACCUUUGUGAGUGUAUGAGUGCUUAUUGAGAGGAACUGUUAAAACAUUUAAAUAAAAACAUAUAUGCAUUUAUUAACUUUCAACUUUAAAUACAUAUUUUUAAAGAUGCAUGUCCUCGAUGGACUGACAUGUUGGACCAAAUCUUUUCAGAAAUAAACACUGUAGGUUUUAUUCUCCUAUAAGUCUUGGUAAUUUAUUUUUCCUUGGGCUUUUCACCCCUAAGCUAUCUAGAACAUUAUUGAAUUUUCAAUUAACUUUACAUUUACUACUCAGAGGUCAUUUCAGUGAUUUAUUCUUACUGAAAAAUCUUAAAUGAAAACACCUUAACUCUAAAACAAAAAAGUUUCCUUUCCUACUUACUUUUUCUUAAUACCUGGGAAGAAUUAAUUUUCUUAUAUGUUGUCUUGAGAUUUAAGUAAUUGAACUAGAAGAUUUGGAAAGUAUCCAUUAAGUGAAAACAGGUUAGUGGUAUUCAGUGGGGAUGAUGGAUUGCUCAAUGGAGUGCUCAAUUUGUCUACAGCUAUAAUCAAAAGGAAGUAAGUAAUGACCUCAUCAUGUAACAAUUUGAAUUAGAAGGGAUCUUAAAACAUGCCUAAUGUAACUAUCAUAUCUGAAACUUGAAUGUGAUAAAGAACAUUUUUUAGAAACUAAUAGCGACAUCAUAUUGGGAGGUGAAAAAAUAGAGCCUUCCCAUUAGGAAAGCAGUAACUCCUGUUAGCACUAUAGUAUUGCUCUAGAGUUAUCUAGCCAAUACAGAAAGACUACAAAAAGGAAUAAAUGGUAUAUAAAUACUGGAAAGUUAGAACAAAGCGAUCUUUUGUUUGUGUAUUUGCUCACAUAGAAAUAAUAGACUGAACUAAAAUACAGUAUUAGAAAAAUCAUUAUGAAGUCUGGAUACAAGAUAACUGUGUAAAAAUUUCUUUUUCUACAUCAGGGGUCAUCGGAUGAUGGCUUGCAGGCCAAAUCUGACAUGUUGCCUGUUUUUGUAAAUAAAGUUUUAUGCCCAUUUGUUUA